AACUUUUUCUUCUUCGGAGUUCUGGGUACACGUCACAUACACCAUAGUCCUUAGUAAAUCGAUUUCUACGUAUCCGAUCACACGCGGUUGUCGACACCAUUCACUCGACAGCAUGAUUACAGCCCGCCUAAUUGUUUUUUGCUCGGCCCUCGUAAUUAUUGUCCCAGGCCACGUGUUCGCUGAUAAAGUGAACAAUAUUUUGUCUACAAAUUUUUCACCGGAAUCAAGAGAGAUUUCGUAUCCGUGCAAAUGUCAAGAAAGCAAAUGCAGCUGUUGUAGCGGAAACAUACUUCAAAACUUUAACCUUAACAUACGGCAACGGUUGUGCACUAACAUAACAUACAACGCAGAUGACUUCGAAUUCAACGUGCGUAUAUUAUUCAAUGACUACACGGUGUACAAUAGAGAUGUAUCGGGUAGAAAUCCGCGCCCCAUAUGCGUGCCGAUCUUCCCACCCGCCUGGACCCGGAGCCGAGUGUGCUUGAAGUUCAGCAACGUGUACUUCGUGGGCCGUAACGUUCACGUGUGUUUAAGCAUGGAAGCGCAAACCGAAAAAAAACCCGUGUUUGACGUAGACUUCAACUGCGUCCGGAUGGGCACCCAGGGCGUGGCGUUGCUGAAACCAGAGGAUGGCGGUGGCCUAGUGCCACCAAUGCCUCAAGAUCCAGCUGAAGGAACAACGACGGUGGUCGCUGUAGCGGCAGACCCGAAUAGUCAUAAAAAAAAAUAAAACUAAACCGCCCUAUGCAUAAAUUUUGCAAAAACUCGAUCUAGAUAUGCGAAUGCAAUAAUAAACAGUGAUUCACCAAUCACGCUACCCCUUAUAUUAUCAAUUAAUAAUUAAAUAACUCUAAUUUUAAUUUUUGUAAUGUUUAAACUUUAAAGUUUAAAUAUACUCGAAGACCAUUUAUUCAAAUUCUUGAGAUAUUUUUUAUACUACUUG